AUGAAACCCACGAAAUCGACGCAAAGCAUCGCUACGAAGAGAAAGGAAGUAGCACCGCCCUCGUGGCGAUCCUAAUGUACGAUUUCGCUGGAUACACAGCAAGUUUCUCUGAGAAUCGAGAACCUUAAAUCAUCAUCGAAUCUUGAUGGAUCUGUCAAAAGUCCGUGAAACGUCAAAUAUGACUAAUCUACACAGUGGGUAGCAGAGUCGCCGGUUCAUGACCGGUAUCUUUUUACUAAAGGGUGGAUCGAUUCGUAACCUUUGUCAUCGCUUCGCGAAUCCUGCCAUAAUACACGAUAGUUCAGUGAAUAGCUUUUUCGAAGAUUUAUUCGUAGGAUCAUAAAAGUGUUUCAUCGUUCUCGAGUUACGUCGUUGAAUGGAAAGCUGGGUAACGCCGAGGCAGCGUUGCUAGGCGUGCUGUUCGGUACUUUAGGGGCCCCACAGCAGAUAACCAGACAAGUCGGUCCUUCACCGACGCGUGUGACGCAUAGACACGGCACGAUACUUACCAAUCGCUACCGGUUUACUCCUUAGACACGUAGUAACGCGUGCUCUGCUCGUGGUAUUCGGCCUUGAAAAACAGAAAGAAAUCAUUUUGUCGAUCGAUCCGAUCUAUCGAUAUAACGAUAGAGUUUUCGGCUGAUUGUUCUACAUUAAUCAACAUUUUAUUUCCGGUCGCGUUUCCUCGAACUUGCUCCUUAUUACGUAGUACGCGUCGUUGUAAAUUCAAUCGUAGAAAUUUUUACUUUGCUGUUGGCGAAAGCGAGUCGCGUGUAGUGGGGACUGUUCCCGACGGCAACAGAAGGGGGAAACCGUCAAAUCUCUUCGUUUUACCGAACCUCUCGUUCCGUAUCUUUGUCUGCGAAUAUUUUUACGCAUCGCGCCUAAUCUCGUGGGACGUUAUCAGAUCCGCAAAUGAAACUCACGCGUUUGACAUUUGCGGAAGCGAGGUGAAUCUUGUAAAUUUCCUGUAACUGGUAGCUCGUAACUCACAGUUAAACUCUAGGAAUAACUUUGUACUCUAGUUGGAUAUGUAUGCUCAUAGGUUACACGCGGUUUUCGAAAACUCGGCCGCGGAGAAAACGAGCUUAUUUCAACGAGCGAUACGUGCGCGUUGGUCAUAAGAUAGAACUUAUCUCAUCUAGAAAUAUCUGAAGUAGUUCGCGUAGUAUCAUGCGAACGUCGUUUAAAAAACUACAUUUUCUGCUUUCGAGAAAUAUACGUAUCAAAGGAAAGAAUCGAAUACUGUUUUUUUCUAUAUUCUACAUGAAUUAAAGUAUGCGGAUAAGCAUGUAUAUUGGGCAGUCCGAGUAAAACAGGGUGCUAAGCGUAAAGAAUGACGGAGUAGAAGAGAGAGGAGCUGAUAUGACCGUCCCAGGAUGAGAGGAAGGAAGGGCGGUGGGCAAAUUUGAGGGUUGUAAAAGAGGAAGGAAGAUGGAGCGAGCGAGAUUACGAGUAGAGGGUGAGAACGGCAGGGGUGUGAUGAAAGGCGGAGUAGGGAGAAGAGGGGUUAUAGCAGAAGGAAAGUAUUGAUCUGUACUCGCUAUCCUACGUUUCUGUGUAUAACCUCCGUGUCACUCCAUAUACCACGUUUGUGAUAAUUUCUCGCCGGGAACUACCAUGAACUUGAAGACUAAUCUUCUCGUAAAUGUCAUCAUUAAAUCUUCGUUGAUUUUAUCCCUACGAUAAAUAUCAAUCCCCGAUAAUCAAAUAGUUCAGAGCUGAUGAAUUAAUUAACAGAUUUUCAAAUGUUUUUAUCUGUAUUAUUUAAUUCGCCAAAAUGAUGAUCAUUUUGUUAGGUAGAAAGUAUGGGGGUUCAUGGCUUCUUACAAAAAUUUGUAAGUAGUAAGUAAUGUACUAAUUAUGGGUUAAACAGAAUACUGUUGUUUUUAAUAACUCAAUCAUUUCGCGACUUGAUACAGAUUUUGGACCAAACUAUUUGAAAAUUAUUUAAAUACAGGAAGUAUUGGUUUUGAAGGGUCGAGAUACCCGCCAUCAUCUUUAAUCUGUCUCUCUUUUAUUCUACGCCGCCGUAAUAACUUUGUUGCUCGGUUAUAUCGAUCCUAUAACCGUGGGUCCACAGAUUUUCGUGUCGUCUUAUAAAUGAAAUAGAAUAUGACAGAUCGAUGAAGUGUUAUUAAAAUGAUUGAAUUCUUCAAUAAUGUUAAUUGCAUUGCGAAAAGAAUGUUUCCAUAAAAAGUUUCAUACUUUUUCGAAAAUUGUACAACCAAUAAUGAAAGAGAUAACGUACGUAUGUAUAUACGUACCGCGUGUGUGUAUAGAUCGAUACAUCAUUCUCCUUGAAUGUUACACACACCUAUAGAUAAUAAAUACACGAUAGUAACCAACUUCCUCGAAAAGUUCAAGGGGCAGCAGGUUAAUAUAUGCCCGUGCGCUUCGUCUUAUACAGAUGCUCUCUUAACUUCUCAGAUGAAACUAAUAAUAUAUCCGCACACGGGAUAGCCUACGGUACUAAUAAUCAAUAGAUCAUUUCCGAUUCGUUACUUUACCAUAAUUGCCUGUAAUAUCCUAUGGUAUGUUUUCAUAUCUCUUUAAAAAUAUAAUAAUAUUCUCACUUUUCAUCUCUAUUGUCUCACACUGUAAAAGAUUAAAUUAUACUAGAUUAAUGGUUUUGUAAACAACUGGUCUAAAAAAUGACGAACUGUAACUUAAAUGGUCGAAGCGAUGAAGAAGGUCGCUUCGCUGGACGUGGAGCUGACCGUCGAGGAGAGGAAUCUAUUAUCCGUCGCUUAUAAAAACGUGAUCGGUGCGAGGAGAGCCUCCUGGAGAAUAAUCUCGAGCAUCGAGCAAAAGGAGGAGAACAAGGCUGCCGAAGGGAAGCUGGAGAUGAUUCGUCAGUACCGGUCCCAAGUCGAAAAAGAAUUGAAAGACAUCUGCGCCGAUAUCCUUGGAGUUUUGGAUAAGCAUCUGAUACCUUGCGCGUCCACUGGCGAGUCUAAAGUCUUCUAUUACAAAAUGAAAGGUGAUUACCAUCGCUACUUGGCCGAAUUCGCAAUCGGAAACGACAGGAAGGAAGCAGCGGAGAACUCUCUUGUAGCUUAUAAAGCAGCGAGUGAUACCGCUAUGACAGAUUUACCACCGACUCAUCCUAUUCGCUUGGGAUUGGCGCUCAAUUUCUCUGUGUUCUAUUAUGAGAUUCUCAAUAGCCCCGACAGAGCGUGUCGUCUAGCGAAAGCGGCCUUUGACGACGCGAUCGCAGAACUAGACACCUUAUCCGAGGAAAGCUAUAAAGAUUCCACCCUCAUCAUGCAGCUUCUUAGGGACAAUCUUACUCUCUGGACGUCAGAUAUGCAAGGAGACGGGGAGGGCGAACAGAAGGAACAGUUGCAAGACGUAGAAGAUCAGGACGUAUCGUAACUCUAACUGUAGUGAGUGUUAUCCUGCGCAUAUAAAACUGAGACACAAGAAAGCAAAAACUCUUAAUAACUUGUAAGCUAAAGAAAACAAUUCAAGCAGGUGGCAGUUCGGGGUGGGAAGGGGAGAUCUUUAGUGAUUGCGUGACCCUAAGCACGCACGUACGUACGGUUACUCCAAACAAACAAAAAAUUAUAUUAAAAAAAUUAUCAUUCGGUAACACACAUUAAGUUAUAUACGGCGCGCGCGCAGAAAUAUAUAAUAAACAAAAGGACACGCACCCUGCGGUAUAAUAAUAGAAAGAGACUGCAAAGAGCAUUUAAAGAGGCACUAAUCUUUGCCUUCUUCGCGUAUCAAGAAGAGAAAAUGCUGUCUUUUAACACUGUGCAUGCCCGGUCAAAAUUCAGUGGACGAUGUCGAAAAUGUUGAGUGGACGCCGACUGACAGCGUAUAUCAUCCAUAUUAAUAAUAAUAAUUAAUAAUUGUAACGAAAGAAAGAAAAAGGAAAAAGUAUGCGCCAGUCCGUCGGGAUAAAACCUCAUUUCUGUUGAUUUUAGUGAGUGAGAACGAAUAUAAUAUGUCCUCGUGCGUCUCAAAAUAACGAAACAUGCUAAAUAGCUCGACGUCGAUCGAAGUGCAUUGUGUUCGUUUGUUUUUACCCGCCCCUCCUUCGCAAUCUCUCCUCCUCGUCCUCUUCCCCGCUUUUUUACUGCGCGCAUGAUUGCUCUCGCAUACCACGAUAAAUAACGAUUAUUAAUGUAUGCGUGUAAAUCGAGUGUAAAUCAUCUGUUUAUCUAAGGGAUAAACGCGUCUCUUCGGAGUGAAAGAACGUGGGUUGGUCACGGUGAACAGAGUCGGGGACAAGCCACGCGCUUUUCAUCUCUGCCCCUUUUUAUUCUUUUCCUACUAAGAUAUUAUGAAUGUACUUCUGAUGAAGUCUAGUUACACACAAGUAAUUUCAUACGCUAUCAUUCUGAGCAUGAGUUUUUCCGCAGAAAAUAACUCUUUUUCCAGUCGAGUUACGAGCUGAGGUUCGCCAAAAGUAUUUCGAUCAUUCAUUGGCAAGCUAUCGUAUCACGAAUUCAAUCUUCUUGUGUAUACUUAUAACGCAAGCGAUUCCUUUGUAAGUAGAUACAAAUUUUCUAAGACAAAAAGGCAUUUUGUCGAUCUUGCGUCAAAUUUUUUAUUAUAUUUUUAAUCGGUUCAACGAACGAACUUUAACCGAAAAUGAUUAAACGAUUAAGAGAAUGCGCUUACCACGGUAGCGUCGUACUUAAAAAAAUGCAAUAACAUCGAAGUCUGGCUUUUCGGGUAAAUAAAAAGAAAAAGGAAAUCUAACAGAGUGAGAAAAGAAGUAUCGGUUUUCAAUGUGACAGAUGUUCUUUCACUCAAUCUGUAAGCUUUUCGAUGGAAAGAAAUUUUUGAAAUAGACGAGCGUUUUCCAUUUUUCAUUAAAAACGACAAGUUACGUUUCACCGUUAAAAUAGGAAACAAGUAGCUAUCCAGCUAGUCCGUAUUUAAUGGUUCAUAAUGCCCCUUGUGUAUAAACUAUAACGAUCGCUGUGGUAUUACGAAUUACAGAAUAAACGAUUGUAUCCCGACGUUCAUUUAUUUUUGUUUUCCGUUUUUUACUCGUGCUCACUUUCGCUAUCACUGUCCUCGAUUCCACUGUAUCUUAGCUGAUAUCUUUAGCCGUGCGUCCAUUCACCUUAUUAUCGAUUAACCGUACCGCCGAUUUCCGCUUAAAAAAGACAUUCCAAUGAACUUUGUCUAUAGACAGAGUAUACGUUCGUUAGUCUAAACACAAUCUAUUUUGCACGUAUUUAACGAAACAAGCUUAACAAUACGAUGCGUACGUUUUCAUUGUGUUCAGGCGUCUAGUAUCGGUCAAAAAUUUAUGUUCGCUGCAACUCUUUGUAAAAUCGUACGCCCAAUUGCACGGAGAGAAGUGUCAUUGAGGGGUUUAAUCAUACCAUAAGUUUUUGACCAUCAUUGUGUACGUGUAACGAAUAUACCGUCUAAAAUCAUGAAUUCCCUCGCGACCGAUGACCAUAACGAUGAACGAGAAGAAUCGUUAUAUAAGCGUGCAGCAAAAAAGCGAGGUGAACUACCUGAAAAGAAAUACGCAAAAAGAAGAACACGCCAAGCGAAGUUGAGCUCUGCCUAGAAAUUUUGGUGUACAUCGUGUGCUCCUCCCCUUGUAUUUAGGUAUUAAUAACGAUACAAAUUGAUAAUCAUGUUACGUAAAUAACGUUAUAAAGAAAAUAACGCAAAAUAAUAUCAACGGCACCGUAAGUAAGUAUAUGCGAGUAAUCUUAAGAGCGUAAACCACGUAUGGGGGAAAAUUCAACAACAAGAAUUGUUCAUGCGAUAAUGAAGAAAAACAAGAAGAAGAACGGUUUAUUAAGAGCGUACCGUCGAACGUAUUAGCGGUUGAAGACAGUAUGGAGGGCACGAAGGUGUAAAUGGAAUCAUGAACAAGAA